GGGUCUCACUGAGUUGCAUAGCACUUUGCUGUUGCUAAGGCUGGCUUUGAACUGCCUCCUGCCUCAGCCUCCCAAGCCAUAGGGAUUACAGGUGUGUGCCACUCUGCUCAUUGGAGAACAGGUUUUCUAGGAAUUUGGGUGUAAGUCAAGCAGGCCUCUCAAGGAGGAGAGGGCUGGAAAAUCAUAGCAUGCCAGUGUGGACCCUGCUGAUCCUCCUGUCUGCCCCUGAGGGAAAGUGGGAAGGCCUCAGCAGGUCAGGGUCACUUCAUUGUACCACUGCAGGCUCUCCAUAGGCACUCCAUCCACCCCAAGCAAGGUGAGGGUACUAUUGGCUUCAGAUAUUUGUGUUCAUGGGGACCCAGGUAUGCCUCCUAGAGCGGUGGGGGAAGGGGCUGGAAUCCAGGUUCUAGAAAUCACAGUCUAGAAGAGUUUGGUACCAGUGACAGAGCAGCAAGGCCUGUCUCUGUGCCUCCAGCUCUUCUUCCUCAUCUGUUAAGUCUGAAGCAAUACUAACUUCUAUUUUUAAAUGCCUACUGGGUGUUAGGAAUGUGAUAAAACCUGUCAGUAACUCUAACCUGUCUGUCGGUAGCUCUGCGAGAAAGGUGAUAAACUGCUUUUUAGAGGAGUGAAAAGGUUUAAGGAAUGAAUCCAGCUUUUGCCUGAUUUCUAAGUCCUUGCUGUUUUCUAUUAUAGACAUCAACUCCUUGAAAUACACACCUAGGGGGGGGCCAAGAUGCUACUGUGUCCCCUGGGGUAGUUGGCAGGUAGAAAAAGCACAGGGAACAGACCCUGCGCUGAGGAAAGCUAGCUGGGGCUUCCCCCAGAAUCAACAGGAUAGAAGCCUGAGUGUUCCUAGGACUUCGCCUGGCUCCUGUCCAGAGCACCCUGACCUAGGUGUCCCUCAGUGACUUUCUAUCCUCAAGAAAUAGCCCAAACACCAUUGGUUGGCACCCAAGGCCCUGCUUGGUCUUGGCUCUGCCUUUUUCCAGCCACUUUGUCUGUAUUUGGCUCAGUCCCACCUUACAGAUAUCCGGAGCCAUGCAAAGUUCCCUAAACAGGUAGUGUUAUUUCACACCUCAGUGCCUUUGCACAAACUGCUUCCUCUCCCUGGCAUAUCUUUCUUCCGCCCAGCUAUGAUUGACUUGGCCUCUUCCUGCUUUUUUUUUUUUUUUUGAAGACACAACUGAAGCCUCACCACUGGAAUCUCUUUCUGAAAGACAUUGCUCCCAUUCUGUUAGGCCUGAUAUCCCUCCUCUAUGCUCCAGUGUCAGGCAGGACUUCUUUAUUUUAUAGCACAGUCACACUGACUUUGUCUAUUCCAGCAGGGCAAAGAUCCUUCUUAUGAUUCCUCCUGCUAUUUCCAGAUCCUUAGGCUGACACCUGGGACAUGGAAGGCACAUGGGUGGACAGAAAAGCAGUCUCAUUUCUGCCAAGAGAAUCAGGAUGUUAGAAAUGGACAUGAAUAUGUCUGUCCUCUGGCACAGUUAUCCUACCUGGAGUUGGAAAGCACAAGGAUUCUGGAGGAAAGGGAUAUGGAGCAGAUGAGGAGGUUCCGUGGCUUCACCCUGCUGCUCACCUUCCUCAUUUAUACCUGUUAUCACAUGUCCAGGAAGCCAAUCAGCAUUGUCAAGAGCCGUCUGCACCAGAACUGCUCGGAGCUGAUCAAACCCAUCAAUGAUACCCACAGUUUAAAUGAUACCUCGUGGUGCAGCUGGAGUCCAUUUGAUAAAGAUGACUACAAGGAAUUACUGGGGGCUGUGGAUAAUGCCUUCCUUGUGGCCUAUGCCAUCGGCAUGUUUAUCAGUGGAAUUUUUGGGGAGCGGCUCCCCCUCCGUUAUUACCUUUCAGCUGGAAUGCUGCUCAGUGGCCUUUUCACCUCCCUCUUUGGCCUGGGAUAUUUCUGGAAUAUCCAUGUACUCUGGUACUUUGUGCUCAUCCAGAUCUGUAAUGGACUUGUCCAGACCACAGGCUGGCCCUCAGUGGUGGCUUGUGUCGGCAAUUGGUUCGGGAAGGGGAAGCGGGGGUUCAUCAUGGGCAUCUGGAAUUCCCAUACGUCUGUGGGCAACAUCCUGGGCUCCCUGAUUGCCGGCAUCUGGGUGAACCAAGAGUGGGGUCUGUCAUUUAUUGUGCCUGGUGUCAUCACAGCUAUCAUGGGCAUUAUCACCUUCCUCUUCCUCAUUGAAUACCCAGAAGAUGUAGACUGUGCCCCUCCACAGCAUCACGAUGGGUCAGACAAGGACCAGGACAACCCUGAGGACCCUGAAAACAGUCCCUACCCUAAUAGGGAGACCAUCCAGGAGACUGUGACCAGCUGCUCCAAGGAGCCAUGCGCUGAGCCUGUGGCCAUCAGCUUCCUGGGGGCACUCAAAAUCCCGGGUGUGAUCGAGUUCUCUUUAUGUCUGCUCUUCGCCAAACUGGUCAGUUACACCUUCCUCUACUGGCUGCCACUUUACAUCUUCAAUGUGGCUCACUUUGGUGCCAAGGAGGCUGGGGACCUGUCUACGCUCUUUGAUGUUGGUGGCAUCAUAGGUGGCAUCAUGGCAGGGCUCAUCUCUGACUACACCAACAGCAGGGCCACCACUUGCUGCAUCAUGCUGAUCUUGGCUGCCCCCAUGAUGUUCCUGUACAAUUACUUUGGCCAGAAUGGGAUUGUCAGCUCCAUAGUGAUGCUGAUUAUUUGCGGGAUGCUGGUCAAUGGCCCUUAUGCACUUAUCACCACAGCGGUCUCUGCUGAUCUGGGCACUCACAAGAGCCUGAAGGGCAAUGCUAAGGCCCUCUCCACUGUCUCAGCUAUCAUCGAUGGCACGGGCUCCAUAGGUGCUGCUCUGGGGCCCUUGCUGGCUGGACUCAUUUCCCCCACAGGCUGGAACAAUGUCUUCUACAUGCUCAUCUCUGCUGACAUCCUGGCCUGCUUGUUGCUCUGUCGGUUGGUGUACAAAGAGAUCCUGGCUUGGAAGUCAUCCCUGAGCAAAGGCAGAGGCUCUAGUCUGGCCCUAACCCAUCCGCGAUAGUAUUUUCCUCAAGUCCCACAACUUUUGUAUAAAGAAAUAUGAAGCCUCGAUUGGAAAAGAAGUGUGGAGGGUCCCUGUUGGGUCCCCAAAGCACUCCACAUGUGCAAGACAAUGGAAAUUUCUACUGACAGGUGAGGCAAAGCCUCCUGAUCCAACACCAGCCGACUCAGCCCAGCCUAGCCCAACCCAUGAAGCUGCUAAGGGUACAGAAAAUUCUCUGUGGGAAGGGACUGCCAAGCCAAGGACAUAAAAGGCUCAAGGACUGAGCUCUGAGAGCUGCAAGCAGAAGGGAUGGGAUCAGAGCAGGAGGGAAGGACAUGCAGACUACUGCUUAUUCAGAUUCCAUGACUGAAGGCAAAGACUAUAGGACCAAGGCCUGGAAAAGGUGUCUCUUCUUCGCAUGUUCAAUUCUCAUUUCUGUAAUCACCCAGUUCCUGUAGGAAUCAUCUCUCCCGUUUCAUAGGUGCCCAGCCUCUCUUUGUCUCUUUGUCCACAAAUCAGUCUUCUCUGUGUAUUUACCCAAGUUGGGUCCUCUUAUUCUACCCCCAUUUGAUCCUGUUGAUAACUUCUUAGGCCAUUUUGAUUAAAGCUUAUGGCUGUUCUUCCAGGGCCAAGACUAUGGUAGAGCAAGAGAGCUGCCUCAGUAAGGGGGCACUUACUCUUGGGCUUGUGUGUGUGCCCAUCCUGACAGCUGAAUGCCUGUUUGCCUCACCCUGGUCCUUAGCCCUUGAUGAUGCCUCAGUGGACAAUGAUAUCAGUGUCAGUGUUAUGGGAACUGAUGGGGUGAGGCACGACUGAGAAUCCUAGCAUGUGUGGUACACGCUUUGAGAAUGCCAGUGUGUACUGAGUGUGUACUGUACACCAGCUCUAUCAUAGGAAUGAAGUAGCCAAUGCACAGUUGAAAAGGAUUCUCACCACUAGCACAAGUACCAGGAUGACAAGAAAUGAGGGUGUCGCUGGUUCUUUUGAGCAGCUGCUAACGUGCUGUUGCUUGGAGCUGUCAGCAGCCCCUUUCUAUCCAGUGUUCUGAUGUGCCUGCUUCUACACCAGGUCCUGGGUGUGACACGCCAGGCAGACUCCUGGCAUUUUCAACUGACUUCUAUAGCUACCCAUCAGUACUAAUAUAGAUUUCCUUUGCCAGCUGUGCUGUGCUAAUCCUUGAUAGGUCCUGGCCCAGCAGCAGCAAGCAGGGUUCACAGGGUUUGUUGAACUAGGGUCCCAGGAGCACACAUUUGGUGUGCAUUCAUGGAGGGCAUGCUAAUGACAUUGAUGACUUGUGGAACAUGCUGGAAGCCUCCAGCCUCAUAGAAGAUACAGCCUUUGUAUUUACUGGGAUACUGGGUGGGCUGGUGCGGUACCCUGGAUACAUAGGUUAAAAUAAGUUGUGUUUGCUACAGUGGUAACACCUAGGGGAGUCUCAUGUGCUUGAUACACACUUUGGCUCUGGAAGGAGUCAGUCAGAGAUAUCUAAGUCUUCAGAGCCUACAGGGGCAGGACCUAUGAUAUAUGACUUUAUGUUCAGAAUUUAUGAUUACUUCUCAUAAAACCGGAAAGAUUUAUCUGACUUUAACACCUAGGAGGGAUAGGCUUAAGGAGAAGCUGUGUUACUUCUAAGAGCCACUAGAUGGUGAUACAAUCCUGUGGUAGAGCCCAGCGUGGGCAGGUGUUGCAGCCCUGCUUCCUGGAAGGGAGAGUGCAGAGGUUUCCUUACUGGCCCUCUAUGCUGGGGAUGAUGGUCAGGGGAGAAGGUAUGGCUCUUCUGGAGGUCUUCUCUUCCCUUCCUUCACUGUUAACUAGCUUUACACCUAUUUCCUCUUCUAAAAAAUGGUAAUAACAUUCCCUACCUCAUAGGAGUGGUGUGGAAAGGAGAUCAUACCCUUAAGGAACUUGUCUCAUCAGGGAUAAUAUAAGGGAUAUGAAUGGGCUUAUAAAUGACACAAGCCUCCCGCUGCCACUUGCAGCAUUUUAUCACCUCUGCUCUCAUCCAUCCUCUUCCCCAAUCUGCUGCAUAGCACUGGUGUCUGUCAUAAAUGGAUGCCAUACUGCUCUACUAAGGCUAAACUCCCACAGGACAAAGGAGUGAAGAAAGAAAAAGGCAGCCCACCUGUCACGUUUCUAAGCUUGUCCCUUCCUGCCCACCUCUCACUAUUUGCAGCAACUGAAUCAGUUGAGCAUCUGCCUGUUUAGCCAACAACUCUUAAGGCGAUCUGAAGGGAGGCUCCAGCACUAGGAUCUCUGGGAAAUGAACAAGACAUAUCAGCUCCUCUCAGCAGAUAAGUCUGGCACUGGAGAGAAGCAAGAAACACUGUGGGGCUCAGAGCAUGGCCUUGGAAAUGAGGGCUUGGGCUGUGGCUGGGCAGUUGGGGAAAGCUCCAAAAGCUGGGGGUUCCACAGUGCUGAGAUCUGCCCCUUGGCACUCACCAUUAGGGCCAGGCUGCCCGCCCUCCUCAGCUCUGGGCAUUGGCUGUUCACUAGAGGCCUGGUACCUGCCUUCUCUCUGGGCCUCUGCACUCACACGGGGCUAAUGCAGGAGCAUUACGUUAAUUAGUUAUUCAUUUAAUUUAACUUCACAUUUGGUCUCAAUUAAGCUUAAAAUGUUCUUCCUCGUAGAUGCUACAAUAGCACUUGUAAUUAAAAAGCAAUAAUUCUUUGCGUUUCUCCUUUAGAGAUCCAUUGGGAGGUUGGCUAGUGUGUGUGGGACUAGUGUUGGUGGAGGGGUGUUGGGGGAGGAGGAGGUAAGAAGCAAUGGAAAGAAAGGGAAAGAAGCUCUCAAUAGAGCUUAGCAUUAUGAAGCUGCCAUGAAGACUAGUAAUUGGGAGGAGAAACUCAACAUGCCAUGGGGAUCUGGGAUUGAGGUGUACAGAGUGGCUGCAGAGAACCCUAGGAAGUGGAUAAAACAACAGAACUUGCACAUAAGGUUGUGGGAAUGAGGAGAGGGCCAAUGGAGCGUAGGAGACAUUCCUGAUAGCUGGAAGAUGGGACCAUAUAUUCCAUAGUAGGUAGAUAGAAUGUGUUCCCUCCCCACAAGAGAUGUCUGUAUCCUAAUUCCCAAAACCAGUAAAUAUGUCACUUUACCUGUCAGAUAUCACAAAAAUUGUGGAGGCACUACCCCACCUUGCUAGGUGGGCCCAUGUAACCACAGGGCUCCUUAUAAAUCAGAGAGAGAAGCAGGAGUGUCAGCUGGAAGAUGUUAUCCUGCUGGCUUUGAAGACUGAGAAAGCAUCCAAUGGCCAGGGAAUGUGGGCAACUUAGAGAAGCUGGAAAAGGCAGGGAAUGUAUUUCCCCCUAGAGUCUUCAAAGUCUUGUCUUUAGCUCCAUGAAACCCAUUUCUGACUUCUAACCUCCAAAACCGUAAGAUAAUAAAUUUGUACUAUUUUAAAUCA